GCGGCAGUGGCUGUUUUAAAUAGUUAAAGUCAUGGCUGCACUAGUAGCUGCUCGCUAACGUUCACACACACACACACACACACGAGUUACUUCUGGUCCACAACUAAAGUUUAAAGUGACGCACAAACCGACGCUGAGACGCAACCAAUGGUCGAACAAGCAUCAGCUCCUGCAGCAGCUGACCUCACGGCUGAGUCGCUCUUCAGUGACCUCCUGCCCACAGUGUGAAGGAUGAACAAGCUCUCCAUGGGAGAUAAAGCUGCGUCAAGCAGAGUGAACCACUGGGUGGAUCCGUCUUUCAGCGAUUUGACAGGCGAAAGCUUUUCUCUACCUGGAAGGAGAAAGGGUUUGUGCUCUCAAGCUGAGUCCAAGAGGCCGAGGAAGAGGAAAGGAGUGGAGAGCAGGUCGGACCCUCACAUCUCUGCCCUGCUGAAAGAGUUGGCCCACAGAGACCAGGAUGAGCCCUGGGUGGACAGAUACUCACCGUGUUCCCAGACUGAGCUGGCUGUCCACAAGAAGAAGAUCGAGGAGGUGGAAAACUGGAUUAGGACCCACACAAACGCAUCAAAGGGUGGAAUCCUCCUGCUGACAGGUCCAUCAGGCUGUGGGAAGACUGCUACAGUCCAGGUCUUGUCUCAGGAGCUGGGUUUAAGGAUUCAGGAGUGGGUCAACCCCACCAAUGUAGAGCCAUACAGCAGCAGCCAGCAAGAAUGGAGGACGAACGGCAUGUCCUGCAGCUCCCAGCAGGCUCAGUUCCAAGACUUCCUCCUCAGAGCCAACAAAUACAGUUGUCUGAGGAUGGCAGGCGAUGAUGGAGCAACAGACAGGAAGCUCAUCCUGGUGGAGGAAUUGCCAAACCAGUUCUACAGGCAUCCCAGCAACCUGCACGAUAACUUGAGGCGCUUUGUGAAGACCAGUCGAUGUCCCUUGGUGUUCAUAGUGUCGGACAGUCUGAGCGGAGACAGCAGCUCACGCUUGCUUUUCCCAAGAGACAUUCAGGAGGAGCUGGACAUCAGCUGCAUCAGUUUUAAUCCAGUGGCUCCAACCACGAUGAUGAAGGUCCUCACCCGCAUUUCAACCCUGGAGGCAGGAAAGAGCUGUGGUAGGAUGUGUGUCCCAGACAAAAGUGUGUUGGAGAUGCUGUGUUCAGGAAGCUCAGGAGAUAUCCGCAGUGCCGUCAACAGCCUACAGUUUUCCUCUCUCCCAGACACGUCAUUGGAAAAGGAUCUGUGGAGGCUGAAGAAGGACAGACCUGUGGCUCCAGCGAGUAAAACCGUUUCCAGAACGACCCAGAGGAAGAGGAAGUCAAAACAGACAAAGGAGCAGCAGGAGGAGGAGCAGGCUAUAGGAGGGAAAGAUGCCUCUCUCUUCCUGUUCAGAGCACUGGGAAAAAUCCUCCACUGCAAACGAAGGAACCAUGAAGAUGUUGAAGCAGCUGACGUUGCUCCUGCUCCUGCUCUACCAUCUCACCUGUGUCAUCAUCACAGAGAAACAUUAUUAGUUGACCCUGAGCUGGUUGUUGAACGUUCACACAUGUCUGGAGAGUUCUUCAACCUGUACCUCCACCAGAACUACCUGGACUUCUUCUCUCAGGUGGAGGACGUGGCCCGAGCCAGCGAGUAUCUGUCUGAUGCCGACCUGCUCACUUCUGAUUGGACGAGUCGCAGCACCAUGCAGGAGUAUGGAUCUUCAGUGGCCACUAGAGGGCUCCUCCACUCCAACUCUCAGCAGGUUUGUGUUGGAUUCAGACCUCUGCACAAACCCAACUGGCUGCUGAUCAGCAAGAGGCACCGGGAGAACUGCCUGGCUGCUCAGUCCCUGUUCAGGAACUUCUGUCUGGCACCAGUCAGCCUGCAGACGGAGCUGCUGCCGUACCUGGCUAAACUCACCAAUCCUAUGAGGAAUCAAGCUCAGAUCGCUUUCAUCCAGGACGUGGGUUACAUGUCACUGAGGAGCUUCAGCAGCAGAUUAAAGUUGGAGGCUCUGACGGACAAAGAACCAGGACAGCUGGAGACAGACGGUGAGGAAGAGGAGCAGAAAGACGAAGGACAGGGUGGAGCUGAGGAUGGUCUGCCGGCCAGUCAGCCUCAACCGACCACAAAUCCAGCUCUUUUGGAGGAGGAGCUAAUCAUUGAGGAAUAUGACAGUGACUAAACACACACACACACACACACACACUCGCACACUUUCACCUUUUCUUCGUCUGGUUUUCAUAAAUGGAAAAAAGUUAGGAAGUAACAAAAUAAGUUCCAAGACAAAUUUUGAUAUGAGAAAAACAACGUUGUUAUUUUUGUUACCAAAAAGUUGGUCCUCCCAAAUGGCUGUGAUGAUUCAUAUUAUCUUUAAAGCCUGAAGUGAAUGUGAUUGUGUUGCUAGAGAACACAUGGAGAUGAAUUGUUAUAAUCUCAGUGUUUAAGGCCCUUAAAAGUUCAGUUCUGUCAGUAUUUAUUAGUUUUAUGUUUAUGUUCAGCACUUGUAUGUAUAUUUUUUUUGUAUAUUUUGUAUCUUUGUUUUGUUGAUUGCUUGAUGAGCCCGUUGUUACUGCCCCGGCCGGCUGCAGCUCAAUCCAUUUCACUCAUUACACAGAUGAUUCAGGUCUUCUGAACUGUGGUUGUAUUGAGUACUGACUGUGUGCGCCCCCUGCUGGGAAAGACAUGCUCAUGCUCAUGUCUCCAUGGUAUCUUAAGAAUAUGUCGGCCACUCUUCAAACCAGUGACUUGACAUCAUGGCUCAGAGGAGUUGCUGAUCCACAGCUGCCACUGUCGGUAAGUUCCAUUGUGCCAUUUUGUGACUUCAGUGUUUCAAACCAUUGGUCCAGAUUUAAAUAAGUGAAACAAACUUACCACACGAGGCAGCAGUGAACCAGUGAACUCCUGUGUCCCCACAAGCUAAAAUCACUGAUUGUCUCAGUCUGGAUUUUGGUGCAGGACAUUUAGCAGUGUAUUCAUUACUUUUGCCGUGGGGAAACACUAAUUAACUAAAGUCCAACAUAGUACAAUACUGAGACCUAAAUCAGGCUUUAUCAUGUGAGUAUUUUGAUAAAUGACUUAUAAUCACUUUGUCCAUGUGUCUCCAUGGGCAGCUCUGUUUGAAGUGAGCGGAAGUGUCUCCGACUAGUUCCUGGAACUUCCAGCAGGGGGCGUACACGGCAAAGUCAGGCUAUGAGUCGCUCAUACAACCACACUUAAAAAAACAGAAAACAAAAAAACAACAACCACCCUCUUUUGUCACGUUUGGACUUACAGAGGAAUAAAUGAUCCAAAUCUCCACAGACAUAUGAAUAAAAAUGAUUUAUGUGAA